UUCAAUUCUAUUGCAAAGCGAUCGCAUUCAUUUCUACAAAGAAGAAGACUUGGGAUAGUCGUAACUAUGCAUCCGUCAGUACAAGCUAUGUUGAUCUGUGUUGUUAUGGGAGCAUUGUUCUUGACACAUUGGGCGCACGGCUUGGAAUCACGUGCUAUAACUGGGAGCAAAAGAACUGAACGAUCUCUCUGUGACGACUCAAGGUGCCGAAGCCUUGAGAGGUUAAGGUCAAGGCUGGAGUCAUCAAAACGUUGGCUGUUUCAAAGAUCUGAUGUCUAUAAAGGAAGGCGUUAUUAUCUCUCCCAACAAGAUCCGAUCUCUAGAUCUGAGGAAGCCAUGGCGACUUGCGCCCUGUACGGAGGAUACCUGGCAGAGAUUCAAGACCUUGACGAAUUUAAUUUCAUCGCAGCAUUUAUCAAAAAGUUUAGCGGAUUCCGGUUGGUUCUGAUCGGAGCAACGGACAAUGCUGAAGAAGAGGUUUGGAGAUAUAGAACCACCAACGAACUGGUGCCAUCAUUUUUAAUCAAAAGUAGGAAAUGGGGAACCGAACGAAACUGUCUCUACCUGUUCAACGAUCCAGGGUGGUUGGCUGUGGAUGAUCUCUGUUAUUACACUAUUCCAGAUUAUCCAACCCGUUUUCUGUGCGAAAUCCCAGAAGAUGAAGACGAUUGCUAGACGAUGAUCAAAAUUUAAUUAAAAAAAUAAAUUCUG